GCCUGCAUCAAUUGGACUUCACACAGUGGGGAGGCAUGGAGCGCUUUCUUGGCUUUGUUAAGCAGAUACGGAGGUCCAGGAGACGCAAGGGAAAAAAGUACCGCCCGGAGGAGGAUUAUCAUGAGGGCUAUGAGGAUGUUUACUACUAUGCUUCAGAGCACCUGAACCAUGAAGGGCCCUACACUAAACACUCUAAUCCCUCCAGGACACCAGAUGGCGCUCUGGCCGUUAGGAGACAGAGUAUUCCAGACGAAUUUAAGGGCACAAGCACUGUGGAGCUGAUCAAGAAGGAAGGCACCACCCUGGGCCUGACCGUAUCCGGAGGCAUCGACAAAGACGGCAAGCCCCGCGUCUCAAACUUGCGCCAGGGCGGAAUCGCUGCCAGGAGUGACCAGCUGAACGUAGGGGACUAUAUUAAGUCUGUAAAUGGCAUCAACUUGACAAAGUUUCGUCAUGAUGAGAUCAUCAGUCUUUUGAAGAAUGUGGGCGAGAGGGUCGUGUUGGAGGUGGAGUAUGAGCUGCCACCUGUCUCUGUCCAGGGCUCAGGAGUCAUGUUCAAAAACAUGGAGGUGACGUUACACAAAGAAGGCAAUACAUUCGGUUUCGUCAUCAGGGGAGGUGCACACGAAGACAGAAACAAAUCUCGCCCGGUUACCAUAACAACCAUCAGACCCGGUGGUCCGGCUGACAGGGAAGGUACCAUCAAACCUGGCGACAGGUUGCUCAGCAUCGAUGGAAUCCGUCUGCAUGGAGCUUCUCACGCUGAGGCCAUGAGCAUACUCAAACAGUGUGGCCAGGAAGCCACUCUACUCAUUGAGUAUGAUGUGUCAAUCAUGGAUUCAGUAGCAACAGCUUCAGGUCCGCUGCUGGUGGAAGUGGCUAAGUCUAUGGGCUCCAGUUUAGGUCUGGCUCUCUCUACCUCCAUGUACUGCAACAAGCAGGUCAUCAUCAUCGACAAGGUCAAACCAGCCAGCAUUGCCGAUAGGUGUGGUGCGCUGCACGCGGGUGAUCACAUCUUGUCGGUGGAUGGCACAAGUAUGGAGUAUUGCACACUGGCCGAGGCCACCCAGCUGCUAGCUAGCGCUUCAGAACACGUCAAAAUGGAAAUUUUGCCCCACCACCAAACAAGACUGGCUCUCAAGGCCCCUGAACAUGUCAAGGUGCAGAGGAGUAACCGGACAUUGCCAUGGGAAUCCGGAACUAACAACAACAGCAACUUCCUUCCCUACCAACACUAUAAUACCUACCACCCUGACCAGUCCCGCAGCCAGACCAAGCAGAAAACCUCUCCAAACAACCCCUCUCUGGGUUCAUCGUUCUCUCCCACCUCCAUGAGUGCCUACAGUCUGAGCUCACUCAACAUGAACACACUGCCGCGCACCAUGUAUCCCACUAGUCCUCGUGGCACCAUGAUGAGACGUAAACUGAAGAAGAAAGACUACAAGAGCUCAAUGUCUCUGGCUUCUAGUACCGUUGGACUGGCUGGUCAGGUGGUCCAUACAGAAACAACAGAGGUGACCCUCAUCAGCGACUCCAUUAUGGGCUUUGGAAUCCAGCUACAGGGAGGAGUCUUUGCCACUGAAACCCUGUCCUCACCGCCGCUCAUUGCUUACAUAGACCCCGACAGCCCAGCAGAGCGGUGUGGCAUCCUGCAGAUCGGCGACCGCAUCCUGUCAAUAAAUGGAAUCCCUACAGAGGACAGCACGCUGGAGGAGACCAAUCAGCUGCUGAGGGACUCCAGCAUCACCAGCAAAGUCACACUGGAGAUUGAGUUUGAUGUAGCAGAGUCGGUCAUCCCAAGCAGUGGAACCUUCCAUGUGAAGCUACCAAAGAAGCCAGGUGUGGAGCUGGGCAUCACCAUCAGCUCUCCUUCCAGUAGGAAGCCUGGAGAUGCACUCAUCAUCUCCGACAUUAAGAAAGGAAGUGUGGCGCACAGGACGGGCACCCUGGAGCUUGGGGAUAAGCUUCUGGCAAUAGACAACAUCCGCCUGGACAGUUGCUCCAUGGAGGACGCUGUUCAGAUCCUGCAGCAGUGUGAAGACCUGGUCAAACUCAAGAUCCGCAAGGACGAGGACAACUCAGGUAUCCUACGUGAUGGCAGUGUUGAUAGGGACGCCCGUGUGCUGUUGGCCUGUGUUGCAGACGAGCAGGAGAGCUCUGGCGCCAUCAUUUACACGGUGGAGCUGAAACGGUUCGGCGGCCCGCUAGGCAUCACCAUCUCGGGCACCGAGGAGCCCUUUGAUCCCAUCAUCAUCUCCAGCCUCACUAGAGGAGGCCUGGCCGAGAGAACGGGUGCCAUCCACAUUGGCGAUCGCAUCCUGGCCAUUAACAGCAACAGUUUGAAGGGCAAACCUCUCAGUGAGGCCAUUCACCUGCUGCAGAUGGCAGGGGAGUCCGUCACUCUGAAGAUCAAGAAGCAGGGAGAAUUGACAAGCCCAAAUCAGCCCUCAGUAACGGGUCGUUUGAAUGAUCUGAGCGACAUGGAGGAUGACAGUCAAACAGGGCAGAAACCCGGCAAACUCUCUGACAUGUAUUCCACCACCAUUCCCAGUGUAGACAGCGCAGUGGAAUCCUGGGAUGGCUCUGGCAUUGAUGCCACCUUCAGCACCCAGGCUCCCACAGGUUUCCAGGCAACAGGCUACAGUUUCCACAGCCAUGAGUGGCGGAACGCCAAGCCCAGCCGGGGCAGCCUCUCCCCGGUCAACAGUAGCCGGCAGAGGAACAACAUCCUACCAGACUUCGGGCUCAGUGUGGAUGACUGGGACAGGCCAAGUGCUAGCGGAGUGUCCACGCUGCCUACUGGUUUAAUCUCAGACAGCAGGUUCACUGUGGGACAUGAUGGGACAGAGCCAGACCAGGAAGAGAACUUCUGGUCCCAAGCACUGGAAGACCUGGAAACAUGUGGCCAAUCUGGGAUCCUGCGAGAACUUGAGGACAAGCCAGACAGGCUUCUGAAUAAGAGAAACCUGGCCAUCUUGGCCACUAUCAUGUCGGGCAGCUCUUUGAGUCUUAACCAUGACCCUGCGCCCACCCGAAGCCAUCUGGGCCGCCAGGCCAGUUUUCAAGAACGCGGCAGCAACAAACUGCAAUACGCACAGGCCAGCCGCAGCAACACGUUGCCCACUGACGUUGGCAAAAAGGCUUUUUCCAUGAGGAGAAUGAAGCAGGAGAUAAAGGAUAUUCUGUCACCCACCCCAGUUGAGCUUCAUAAGGUGAGUCUCUUGAAGGACUCUGACCUUGAGGACUUUGGAUUUAGUGUGUCUGAUGGCGUCCUGGAGAAAGGGGUUUAUGUGAACAACAUCCGUCCUGGAGGGCCUGCUGAAAUUGGAGGCCUGAAGUCUUAUGACAGAUUGCUACAGAUAAACCACGUACGUACCAGAGACUUUGACUGCUGCUUAGUGGUACCUCUAAUAGCGGAAUCUGGAAAUAAACUUGAUCUAGUCAUAAGCCGAAACCCAGUUUCCUCCCAGCCCUCAGAACUGAAUCCAUUAUCCAAUGAAGAGCCAGUGAACUGGACUGACCCCGGAGACCCACUCAAUUCGCCCACCGCAGGGCUGGAACAGGGCCAGCACAACUCCACACUAGCAGGACUGGAGGACACAGACCCCAACAAGACUUUAUAGCAGAACCUCCCUGGUGCCUGCAAUUAAGCGCUCCUCCUCAUGGUGCUAAAGUGAACUCUCCCUGAACGGCUCCCUCUGCUGGAGACAAAGUGAGGGUCUUGUUCUUAAACAGCACACACCCAGACCUUUUUUCCUAAGAGCAUGAGCCACCAUGACAAAAGGUCCUUUCCUGACGUGCUGGGUGUGUUUUUACCCUGUGAAAAUUGCGACAAUUAUGGAAAAGACCACACUGACCUCUUGGGAAACCAAAACUAUUAAAAACAAAAUCAAAAAAGGGAAAAAAAAAACAACCAUGAUGACAACUGAAACAGUGCCAUCCUUAAUUAUUGCCAAUAAACAAGAAUAGUUUGAAGGAGAAUACAAAAAACAAGAGAAAUAAAAGCAAAGCAUAAAAGCAAAAUUGAGACUUUUAAGGAUGAUAUGACUGGCAACACAGUGUCGGUGUUUGUGAGAGUUCUAAUGUGUGCGCGAGUGUGUGAAGACUUUAUAUCGCAAGCCUGCAGUGCGUCCACAAAGUCUGUCAGAGUCCAACGUCCUAAACACAGCCAUCAACCCUUCUAUUUAGUGAGACUGCAACACAAGUGUGUGUAUAUUGUAUGUCUGUGUAUUUCCUCCUGAUAUCUGAUGCCAAGGUCAAAGUGCACCCCUUAUUUUUGCUCAAAAGGAGGGGCGACAGCUGUGUGGUAAAAAAAUAAAAAUAAUAAUCAGCACAAUGAAUUUGGAAGCCAUUUUUCAGUUGUAAACUGAAUAUGGGUUUUAGCAUAAUGCAUGAGACCUAAUAUGAACUAUUUUAUAUUGAUUGAGGUAGACUUGUCCAAAUACAAGAGCUUGGCAACAUCCACGUACGAAAAGAAAACACAACCCCAUGUUUCGGUUCUCUGUCCGCUAUGCUGUUAUUCAUUGUAGCUGACCUGAUGUCUCGUAUAAAUAUGAAAUCCAAUGUCACAUUGAUGAGAGGGUGGCACAAAGGCACCUUAUCUUGAAAUUGGACAAAUAUCUAUUUUUAUGAAUAGAAAAUGAUGAUUUAUAUGGGGUGUUUGUAUUUGAGUGAUCGAUAGUGAACAUGAGGGAUGCCGUGGGCCCUGUCAACCAUGUAUUGGAGCAAACUGAUGACAUAGAAAAGGUCAUUUGGUUAAAUAAAAAAAAUACAAAUAAAAAAAGCUCUUUGUACUUGUAGACUCUCCUGUUUAUUGCCCCAUUUUGAGGAAAUCCAUCACUGGCCCACAGAAUAUUACAGCUAUUUAUUCCAUUCAGUCCAAUAUCAAUCCAAAAAAAAAAAUAACAGCAGUGUAAGUAGGUAUUUGGAUAUUAACAGUUUACUAUCAGUUACAUCUAGGAUACAUAUUAUUUUUAGGAAUUACAAACAACAAUAAUAUGGAAAUGUUGGGAUGGGCUUUAGAUUUUACGGUAGACAUUUUCCUGUUCUAAGUUGUUCUUAUUUGCUCAAAUGUGCAAUCCCUUGCAAAAAAAAAAAUUUAAUAAAUAAAUAUAAAUACCAUGAUAACCAUUGUUUCUUGCAAAAUAACACAGUUACUAGUUAAUUUGACUCUUAAAUCAACUAGUAAAAUUAGUCAAAUUUAAAAUUAACUACUCAAAAUAGUCAUAAUAAAUUUAAAAGUGAUCAUCUUUGUGAAAGAAUCGUUCACAAAGUUUCCGCCAUUUAAUUUUGUGAUGACACUGGUGGCUAAUGCCAAGUUACAGUACCACUGUUUUGUUGUAGCAACAAUAACUGUAACUAUGGUAUUUUGGUGGAAAUUGGUUACUAUAGUAAAUGGUAUACCUCACUUAUAAUGACAUAAAAAAAGUAUUUAAAAAAUGUAAGCAUGGGGUUAAUAUCCAUAAGAAUCCAGAAAAAAGUAUUUUGUAUUCCCCCCUUUGUUUAAAUAGUUAUUAAUCAUUAUGGUAAUUUGUAUGUGGUACUGUUAUGGUUUUAUAUGUCUCAUCUGACUUGUUUUUCAGACUGUGUAAGCCCAAAGGGUAUGCAAUCUGUUUGUAAAGAGAAAAAAAGUGUGUCAAAUAAUGAGAGAAUGGAUUUGUCUAUUGAGUUGUCAGUUCUACCGUAUGUGGUAGACCACUAAACAUACUUCACAUUUGUAGCUCUGCUUGGAAAAAAAAAAUGUUAAAAAGAAACAAAUCGUAGUAAAGAGAAAAACACGUUGUCAUUGGCAGGCUGCUAAUGGCAAUGAAUACCUUCACCCACCUUUGUGAAACAUUGUGGCUUUUGAUUGAGUGCCAUCACCCUUGUUGUCAGUGCUCAAAGAUCCUGUCUACUCACUAUUUUCAAAUGACACAUUGUGGUCCAACCUCGUCAAUGGCACGCUCACGUGGAGUUUCUUAAUGGAGAACGUUUGACUAUAAAAAAAGUGUCUUUUUUGUUUGGUUUCAGAUAAACCUUCAGGUACGGGCUCAUUCCCCAAACUCAUGCACUGGAUUUUCAGAGGUUCUCAAAUGUCAUAGAUAAAUCACUACAUGUUGAAUUAUGGUUUUCGAGCCUUGAUUCAAGCAUUAGUUUUCACUUUGAACAUUGUGAACAUUACAACAUGCAAUGCUUGCUUGACCUAUGUUUGUCACAGCACUUCUCUGUGUUACUUCAUGUGCACACAUUUUUGUGUAAGAAAAAAAACCUCAUUCAUGUUCAUGUUUCAUUUAUGGAAACAUUUAGUGAAGUCAAGCACUGCCAGUUAAAGUAGUGGGUAUCCAUUUUCAGUAUAUGAUGAAUUUAUGAUUCAAUGUCACAGUUAUGUCCCUGAAAUAUUGUAUUUUUAUUUCUAAUGGACAGGUAAUCUGAGCUGUAAAGUAUUUUUGUACAAAUUUAAUACUUUGUUAGCAUGAUGUUUAUCGUCUAUGUAUAAAUUUGGGGAUUCCUACAGCUGUAAUCCUUUGUAUGGCCGACAAAGAGAAACAAUAAAACGACAUACCGAGUGGUGAGG